GCCGAUACAGAUAAAGUCGGGGAAGAUGGAGCGCCUGUUUGAUAAGUCUGCACAGGGAGCGGAAAGACUGUCUAAGGUUGCAAAACUGAUGAUUUGAAAGAAAGAUACUCCCCGUUUGCAAACGAUAAUGAAGAGCGCGCGAGUGCGAUGAUCGGAGAUUCCCCACCCCGCUCUCUCUGAGCCUUCAUAAAAUCGUCUUGAAUGUCCCGCAGCCUGGACUCUUCUCAACCCGCAAACUCCCCGCGUUUUCCCUCCUUCUCCAUGUUAAAUCGUCUCAAUCAGCUUUCUCGCCAUAUCUCCCGGCCAUUGCUUAGUACCAGCUCUAUCGCUCCGAUCGCCUCGCGAGCCUCAUUCUCCCCCCUAUCCGGCAAACCGUCUUCCAUCAUGACAUCAUCCGUGGUGCCCAAUUCAUCUAAGACCAUCCACACGGCGGCAUGUCUGAUCAUUGGUGAUGAAGUCCUCGGUGGAAAGACCAUCGACACCAAUUCGGCCUUCUUUGCUAAAUAUUGCUUCUCUCUUGGUAUCCAACUCAAGCGGGUGGAAGUCAUUGCCGAUGAUGAGAGCGAGAUCAUUGAGGCCGUGAGGCGGAUGAGCAACAACUACGACUUUGUUGUGACCAGUGGAGGCAUUGGGCCAACCCACGAUGACAUUACCUACGAAUCGAUAGCCAAGGCCUUCGACCUGCCACUCAAACUUCACACACUUGCCUUCGAGCGUAUGAAGAGACUCUCCAAGCCUCACCCCAUGCAGCCUCACUUCGACUGGGAUACCCCAUCCCCCGGCCUCACCGCAAAGCUUCGGAUGGUCUACCUCCCGCACGACGAGAAGCUCCCCGCGGAAUCACAAGCCCUCUUCGUUGCAGACGACAUGUGGGUGCCCAUCGCCGUCGUCAACGGUAACGUGCAUGUCCUCCCCGGCGUGCCUCGCUUGUUCGAGCGCCUCCUCGAGCACCUCAAGCCCAUUCUGCUGCCACGGUUGGUCAACCCGGAGGGCAAAGGUAUCUACCGCUACCUCUUCAGCACCCCGCUCCCUGAGAGUGCCGUCGCGCCGUACCUGACGGACCUUGCGGCCCGGGCCAGUGUGCACGGCGUCAAAGUCGGCAGCUACCCUCGUUGGGGUAACAAGCGCAACACCGUCACUCUGGUCGGAACUGACAAGGCCUUCAUGGACUCGGUGAUUGCGGAGGUGGAGGAGAACGUCCAGGGCAAGAAGGUGUCUCGGGAGGAUGAGCUGGACCCUCCGUCUGAGUCGGAGUAAAGGUACUACAGGCUACAUUCACAGGAUGACAUUUGCGUGUACAAUCUUUGGCUGAUAGAUAAAUUCUGCAUAUGUGGCAAAUAACAUUGGACUGGUUCCUAGAAAGGAAAAAAGUGAUUGACCUUGAUGGUAAUAAUAUAAUGAAUAGAUGUCAAAGUAUAGGAUCCAUCUCACUUUGCUAGACUCGCGUGAGCUAUCCUUCUCUGAACAUCUCUCAGCAUUGGCCUGGCGACAUCCAGGCAUAGCAACUGCUCCGAUAUUAGCGGAAUACCAUACCGUCGCCUAGUGCAAUUGCAGCAUUUCCGACGAAAUGAACAUUCAAUCAACAUCUAACUCUUAGCAUUCCGGACUAAAAACAUCUGCAUUGCUCUUGGAAUGGUAACUUGACAGCCGCUUUGCGAUCACACCUCGAGGAAUAAUGCGUAAAACAACGCAUGCCGCCCCACGGAGGACCAGCACCAACCAGCACGGAGACAGCACUCAUU